UUCAGCCAUUGCCCAAGCGAUGGGCAUCCCCUUAACUUCUCAUUCUUCACUCCCAGAAAAGGGCUGCUGUAUUUUUUUCACAUGUAAGUUCUUUUGCUUUUUGUUUUUUCUCUUUUGGGAUACGUAGCUAGUAGUGGUAUUGCCAGGUCAGAGUUUCAUACAGUUGUGGGUAUGGCCUACGGAAGACCUGAGUUAAAUCCAAGUUCAGGCACUUGCUAGCUGUGUGACCCUGGACAAGUCACUUCACCCUAGUUGCCACAUCUAUAAACUGGGCACCAUAAUAGCACCUGCUUCCCAGGGUUUGUGUGAGGAACAGGUGAGACAGUCAAUGUAAAGUACUUAACGGUGCCUAGAACAGAGCAAGCUCCGAGUAAACGUCAGCUGUUAGUUUUAUGUAGUCCAUCUACCAAAAAACCGUCAGUCAUGAGGUAAGGGGAGAUAGGGAGGGGGCGGGGCUCCUGGCAGGAAGGUCGGUGAGGAGAGGGGCAAGCAGGGAUGCAGGACCGCAUUCCAGCCCGGGGGAAGGGACGAGACCUAGGCAUGCGCACAAGGCGCCUCAGCCUCCAGACUACGAUUCCCAGAAGGCCGUGCUAGCUUCAGGGGCAUUAUCCAAGCUCAAGAGCGGGCGGGGCUUCCGUUCAAUUAGGACUCUUUAGGUUCCUUUUCUCUCCGCCUCUUCAAAGCUUGCUGGUUCCGGCGUCAUCUUCUAUAUCCUGGGCUGUAGUGUGACGGGGUGAGCAGGGCCGAGAGCGGGGCGAGGCCCAGGCUGAGUCGCUCUGCCUUCUGUGGCCUCUGCUCUGCCCCAGGAGGACAGCCUAGAGGAAGAGGAAUGGCUCCUGCCCUGACAGCCAGGCCCGGGAAUGAAUCAGUGACAUUCAAUGAUGUGGCUGUGGAAUUCACCCAGGAAGAGUGGGUACAAUUGAAUCCAUCUCAGAAAAAGUUGUAUAAGGAUGUGAUGCUGGAGAACUAUAGGAACUUGGUCUCUUUGGGAUUUCCAGUUUCCAAACCAGAUGUGAUCUACCAGUUGGAAAGAAGGGAAGCAUCUUGGAUGCCAGAGGCAGAUAUUUCAGGAAGCAGCUGUCCAGGGAGCAGAGAAUUUACUGGAGAUAAACCUCCUGAAUGUAAUGAAUGUGGGAAGGCCUUCAAGAGUAAGGCAGCGCUUACUGCUCAUCAGAAAAUUCAUACUGAAGAGAAACCUUAUGAAUGCAGUGAAUGUGGGAAGGUCUUCAGGAUUAAGACAAAACGUUCACUGCAUCAGAGAAUUCAUACUGGUGAAUGUGGGAAGGCUUUCAGGAAUAAGUCAAGGCUUACUGUGCAUCAGACAGUUCAUAGUGGAGAGAAACCUUAUGAAUGUAGUGAAUGUGGGAAGUCCUUCCAGG